GCGAUAGAGCGGCGGAGCGAUUUGACGGGCAGUCGAGGUUGCAGCAGGCAGAGAGGGAGACGGCGGAAGGUAAAGCAGGGAGGCAGCAUCAUGGCGGACAGAGACAGUGGCAGUGACCACGGAGGGCCCACCGCGGGGCCCGUCUCGCUCCCACAGGGCGCGAUGGGCGCCAUGUCCCGGCUGCAGCACGACACCGAGGAGCUCGCCUCCAAGCGCGUCGACAUCCAGAACAAGCGCUUCUACCUCGACGUGAAGCAGAAUGUGAAAGGCCGCUUCCUAAAGAUAGCCGAGGUCGGAGCCGGGGGAAACAAGAGCCGCCUCACGCUCUCCAUGUCGGUGGCGGUGGAGUUCCGCGACUACCUCGGGGACUUUAUCGUACAUUACGCCCAGCUGGGCCCCACCAACCCGGACAUAGUGCAGGAUGAGCCCCGGCGCGCGCUCAAGAGCGAAUUCCUGGUGCGCGAGAAUCGGAAAUAUUACAUGGAUCUGAAGGAGAACCAGAGGGGGCGGUUCCUGAGGAUCCGGCAGACCGUUAAUCGGGGGCCCGGAUUGGGAAGCACGCAAGGCCAGACCAUCGCGCUGCCGGCGCAGGGUCUCAUCGAGUUCCGCGACGCUUUGGCCAAACUCAUCGACGACUACGGGGUGGACGAGGAGCCCGCGGAGCUCCCGGAGGGCACCUCGAUCACGGUCGACAACAAGCGCUUCUUCUUCGACGUGGGCUCCAACAAGUACGGGGUGUUCAUGCGGGUCAGCGAGGUGAAGCCCACGUACCGGAACUCCAUCACGGUUCCGUGCAAAGUGUGGUCCAAAUUUGGCACCACCUUCUGCAAAUACGCGGAGGAGAUGCGGAAGAUCCAGGAGCGGAGCCGAGAGAAACGGGCCUCCGAGCUGCCACCGGAGGGCCCGCAAGCCGGGGAUGACGGCGACGUUGACUGAUGGAGAGAGAGAGGAGGGAUCUUUUUUUUUUCUUCUUCUUUUUUUGGGAGAGCAGGACGCGUGAAAAACAACAGACUAGAAUCUGAACUCCUGAGAGAAAAUGAGACUUUUAACUGUAUAAAUAUAAACGAGAAUUUCCAAGGGAAUCACCCCACACACAAGCUCCACAGACACGGCUGCAGCUGCGCCGUCUCCUCGCUCAUUUUACUGGAUGUCACCCCACUUACCACCCAUGUAACAGUACGCCGCUGCUAUGGAGGAUCCGACUAAUAUUUCUAACUGAAAUAUGGCCUUUCCUGACUACAUGACGAUGGUGCUUACUUUUGGCUUUGACAUCGAGCUCAUCCUAUACAUCUCAACAUCAUAACUUGCGUCCUCUUACACUUCAUUACUUUCUGUUCUGUACUAUCACUACCUUUUAUUAAAUUUUCAUUGAUGGCAACAAAAAAACAAAAACAAAAAAAAGGUGUGCUGUUUUGUACAUUGCUGUUUGUUUUGAUGUUGGGGAGCCUUGUCGUCUGAAAAAUGACUAAUCGCGCAAUAAAAAGUAAUUCCACACGU